AUGUCAUACAAAAUCAGUCAGCGUGUCGAAGUUCCUGGCAAAGACUGUCAAGGAGUAAUUGCUUAUAUUGGUUAUCCAAGUUUUGCUGCAGGCAAAUGGAUUGGAGUUAUACUUGACGAACCGAAAGGAAAAAACAAUGGAACUAUCAAAGGGCAAUGUUACUUUAAAUGUGCUGAAAAUCAUGGAAUGUUUGUACGACAGUCACAGCUUAUCUUACUGGAUGAAGCAGGUAAUAGAACUGAACCUGCUAGUCCAUCGUCAGCAGGUAGCAGUGCUACUACGCCAGAUGAAACCAGUGCAGCACGCGCUAGAAGUCGGUUGAAUAGUUCAAGAUUAUCAUUGGCUGGUAGUAGAACACUUUUAAGUGCUCCAAGUACAGAAAGCUUAUCUGGAUCACAGCAUGAACGUAAAGAUGGAGGAGAAUCACUUAUACCAGCCCCAACAUCUACUAAACGAGCUUCAUUCAUUGAGACAGGUUUUGUAGAAACUCUGAAACCACAAUUUGUACCUGGUCAAGUCAUGGCAGGUUCUGCAGCAGCUGCAAAUGUAGUAGAAGAGAAAUUAUCACAUUUACAACUUCAACAAGAAAAUGAGAAUCUAAAAUCUCAGGUUCGUGAUCUUACUGAAAAAGUGGAAACUUUACGAGUAAAGAGAAUGCAAGAUAAAGAAAGAAUGAAAGACUUUGAAAAAACAAAACUUCAACUUGAACAACUCAUUGAGUUCAAGACGAAAGUUAUGGAAAGCCAAGCUAGUCUUCAAAGAGAACUACAACGUGCGCGUCAAGAAGCUAGAGAGGCACAUGCAGCGCGAGAACAAUUCCAAGAAGAAAUGGCAGAUCUUGCAGAAACUGUAGAAAUGGCAACAUUAGAUAAAGAAAUGGCCGAAGAAAAGGCUGAGACAUUGCAAAUUGAAUUGGAACAACUGAAAGAAAAGCUUGAAGAACAAACACUAGAUCUAGAAAUAUUACGAACCGAAGUGUCUGAAAGGGGUGCAGGAGGAGGUUCAGCUACUGGUGUUUCAAGUUAUGAAAUAAAACAGUUGGAACAACAAAACAAUCGACUACGAGAAACUCUCGUUAGAAUGCGAGAUCUUUCUGCACACGAAAAGCACGAAUUUCAAAAACUUCAGAAGGACUUAGAUCAAAAAAAGUCAGAAAUAUUAGAAUUAGGCCGCACGAAGGAAAAAUUGUCUACGCGAGUCGAAGAAAUGGAACAUCAGAUAGCAGAUUUGCAAGAACAAGUUGAUGCAGCAUUAGGGGCUGAAGAAAUGGUUGAAGUACUUGGUGAGAAAAAAAUGGCACUAGAAGAGAAGGUCGCCGAAUUGGAAGAAGCCGUUGCAGAUUUGGAAGCUUUACAAGAUAUGUCUGAUCAACUUGCUGAGUCAUCAAAAGAAUUGGAAUUAGAAUUGCGGGAAGAAUUAGAUUUAGCGCUUGGAGCAGCACGUGAUGCUUAUCGCCAUCGAGAUGCAGCUUUGGAGACAUUAGCAGACCGUGAACUUACGAUUACAAAGUUCCGCGAACUCACUCAUCAAUUACAGGAUCAAUGCUUGCAAUUACAACAACGUGUACAAUCAACAGAAACCUCUAAACUUGGAAUGGGAGGCGCAGAGCAGCAAUUAGCAGAAAUUUUAGAUUUCCAGAAAACCUUUGCUGAAACGCGUGCUCAAACAAAAGCCGUUGAUCUUGAAUUACGACGAUUAGAAGCCGAAGAGGCUCGAAAUCAUGUAAAAUAUUUAUUAUCUUUCAUGCCUCUUGCAUUCUUAGCACGCGGUGGUGAUCAUGAUGCUAUUUUAACACUUCUACUUAUACCAAGAAUGAUACAAAAGACAGAAAUACUUAUGUCGCAAGUGCGAGAAAAAUAUAGAUCAUUAGAUAAAGUAGAUAGAACAGCUGUGUUAAAGGGUCAUUUAGUAGCACAGUAUACUUUCAGAUCGCGCCUUUGUUCGUAUAUGUAUGCAUUGCAGACGUUCCUUGGUUGUUUUGAAUCUGCGUUGAAUGUAUGUAAUCCUGAAAUGUUACUUAAAACUGGAGCAGUUUAUCCAGAAAUGGCAGCACAAGAAAAAUCUUUAGAUUCCUUGAUAGAACUAGCCAAAAGAGAUCAGUUAGACGAGAAUCUACCAAUGGAUGCUAUCGAGAAGUGUUGUGGAUACUUUUGCACUAUGUUUUCUGUAUUAUUUGGGGAAACCAUUAACCAAGCUCGCUUGAUAGUUAAUGGUACGAGAAUGUUGGAUAGUUCUUGUGACGCUAUUACGACUGACGCCGCGGCAAUCAAAACUUUAAUUCAAGGAGACAGUGGUGAUAUAGGCCUUCUUUGUCAACAUGCGGAGACAACGUGCGAAGUAAUUCAACAACAUUUAAAGUCAGCUAGGAGACGAGUAUUGACAGAUCAUGCUGCUGCAAUUCAUAGUGCAGAAUCUAAUUUAGGCUUGGAUAAAGAUUGUAGUGAGCAACUUUUUACGUGUUACCAACAUGCUGUAAAAAUGAUGAAAACAUUACAGAUUUUAUUGAAGAGCGCUGUACAAACAAUUAUCGUCAAUGGUGACUUGGAUACAGGACUCAGUGCAGAUAAAUUGAAAGAAAUGGCCUCUAUAGCAUGUGAAAAAGUUUAUGAUACAGAAGAUGUCGGACCGGUAGCUACGAUUAAGGGAAGUUUGUCAAGCAUUCAACAAUUAGCGGCCAGUUUAGCACAAAAAAUGGCAGAAUGCGAAAACGAGUUAGCAAUAAGUGGACAAUUAUCACAACAACGAGAACAAAAUCCGGAAAGUGAAUCUUUACAGCCUAUUAAAGUAAGAGCACAAGCAGCGAAAAAAGAAGCUGAAGAAAUUAAGAUACUUAGUAGGAAACUGGAAGCAAGGGAUAGUGACAUACUUGAAGCGAGAUUAGCUCUUAGAGAAAAACAAGAAGAAUUGUGUGAAAUGAUUUUGAGGAAAGAUGUAGUGGAGAAGAAACUUGCAACUCAACAACAUGAACAUGAAUUGAAUGUAGAAAAAUUGAAGAGAAAACUAGAAGAAGCCAUGAAUCAAUUAAAACGAAAGGAAAAAGAAUUUGAGGAAACAAUGGAUCACCUUCAAACAGAUAUUGAUAGUUUAGAAAUUGAGAGAGGCCAGUUAAAGGAAAAAUUAAAAUCUGUUGGAAAGAAGACGAUGAUGUCUGUAUCUGGAGUAGACAAUAUGUCUGGAAGCGUUACAACAGCAUCUGGAAUGCAAUCAAUGGACAAUAAAUUCUUAAUGCAAGAAAUAACUGCUCUCAAAGAAGCAUUAAAUAGUGAGAACCAACAAAAGAAGAAAUUAAUGUCUGAUGUAUUACGCCAGAAGUUAGAAAGUUUGGAUCCAAUAACUCCUCCAUUAAGACAGGGAUCAGUUAAUGCAAAAAUACAGGAAUUGAAACAAAAAACUAAUGAUCUUACUAAAGAUAUUAAACAAGUCAUGACAUUCCCUAUUGUUCCUGACUUAAGACGUAAUAAGGCACGUGAUUUGGAAGGCCCAACAUUAGAAAAAGCAAUGCCAGUUUAUCAACUGUUACAACGGCAAAUAGUCAUGAAAGAAUUAAAAGAACGAACUGAUCAAUUAAUCAACGAAGUUCUUGAAGAAGUUAUACAGAGAACGGUAGGUGGAAUGGCUGAAGCUAAUUUCGCAAUAUUCCCAAAUCGUGAAAUGGCUGCAGCGAUGCAUGAAAAUCAAUUGCUUGCUGCCGAAAUCGCAAUUCCCCACGAAGGUCAAGAACAAGUUUUUACUGUUAACGUAGGAACGCAGGAACUUAGGAAAAUUCAUACUUUGCUGUGCUAUUAA